AUGUCGAAAGAAGGAUCACCAAGAGAAAAAACAACUGAUGGACAUACGCCAAUGGAACAACCAAUGUCUGGUAUGGACGCAGGAUCUGUUGAUACUCAUGACACACCCGAUGCACACAAAAGUGAAGUAUUAAACUCUGAAACUGAAUCCACUCAUGUUCCAGUACCAGAAGCAACUCAGGAAGAUAAUGAUGAAGAGAAUAAAGAUACAGAACAAGAUGAAGGUCAAGAAGACUUAAAUAAUAAUGAUAGUCAAGAUAUUAUUCAAAAACCAGAAGCUGAUAGUCCACCAAGACUUCCUGAUACAUUUUAUUAUGAAGCUGAAGAAAUUCAUGCUAAACCAGUAUCAACCGAUGAAAAAGUUCUUCCACAAAAUACAUUAUCGAUGUAUCGAUCAUUUGGUUAUGAUUGUAAUAAACGAGGAAAUUUAUAUAUAUUGGAUAAUAAAACAAUUAUGUUUGUUGCUGGUUGUGUUGUUGAAAUUAUUGAUUUAUCAACUGGAGAACAUAAAUAUAUUCGAACAGCUGGUGGUUAUAGUAUUGGUGCAUUAGUCGUACAUCCAAGUAAACAAUUUUUUGCUGUUGGUGAAAAAGGAGAUAUUCCAAAUAUAGUUAUAUAUGAAUAUCCAUCAUUAAGACCUUAUCGAAUAUUAAAAGGAGGAACACAACGUUCCUAUGCUUAUCUUGAUUUCAAUGCUGAAGGUGAUUUACUUGCAUCACUUGGUUCAAGUCCAGAUUACAUGUUAACUAUAUGGGAUUGGCGUGAUGAAAAGAUUCUAUUACGUAGCAAAGCAUCUUCACAAGAAGUUUUUAAAGUAUCAUUUUCAAAAGAUCUCAAAGGACAUUUAACAACAUGUGGUAUUGGUCAUAUUAAAUUCUGGAAAAUGGCUCGAACAUUUACUGGUUUGAAAUUACAAGGUGAAUUAGGUCGAUUUGGACGAACAGAAAUUUCUGAUAUUGAAGGGUAUCGUGAAUUACCUGAUGGAAAAGUUAUUUCGGGUUCAGAGUGGGGUAAUAUGUUAUUAUGGGAUGGUGGUUUAAUUCAAAUCGAAGUUUGUCGAACAAAAGUUAAACCUUGUCAUGCAGGUCCAAUUCAACAAGUACUUUUACAUGAAAGUGAUGUGUAUACUGUUGGUGAAGAUGGUUAUAUACGUGUUUGGGAUUUUGAAACAAUUGAUACAGCUGAAGGAAAUGAUGAAGGAUCAAAAAUGGAAAUCGAUCCAUUAAAUGAACUUCGAGUAGGAACUGAUAGUAAACUAAUGGGUAUUACACAUGGUGUUGUUGAUGAUAUGAGUCUUUGGUUUGCUCAGGAUGCAAAAGGAAAUAUUUGGAAAUUAGAUUUAACAUUUUCAAAAAAUAGUGUCGAUCCUGAAAUAAUUCUUUCAUUUAUGUCAGGAGCUGUAACUGGUCUUGAUGUUUCAUCUGUUUAUAAUAUCUUUGCUUCUUCAGCUGGCAAUUCUAUUCGAGUUAAUAAUAUUAUUUCACAAGAUUUAUUAUCUCAACGAAUAUUUCCAACAGAAGUAACAAGUUUAAAAUGGUUUCCAAGUGUUUUUAAUGAAAAAUCCGAUGGAAUAUUAGUUGGUUUUUCUGAUGGUGUUAUACGAUAUUUAAAACUUCGUUCAGGUGCUAAACCAACAGCAAUAGAAAAAAAACUUGAAUAUGAUUUAAAAAUGAUACAAGUUCUUAAACCACAUACAAAACCUGUAACAUUUAUUACUGUAGAAGUUAAAAAUCAAUGGAUAGCAACUGGAAGUACGGAUGGAACAGUAUUUUUCUUUCAUUUUACACCUAAAGGUUUAAAUCCAAUUGGUUUUGUAAAUGUAAAAGAAGAAAUUACAUAUAUGACAUGGACACCAGCUCAAUAUGAUAAAGCUCGUCUUCUUGUCUGUUUAAAAAAUGGUGUUGUAUAUGAAUUUGAAGGACCGGGUGGUAUUAAAUUUGAUACAUCAGUAUCAUAUUCAAUUGAAAGUCAAUUACCUGUACGAAUAUUUCGUUUUCGAAGUAUUAAAUCUCGAUUACGACAUGAAGAAGAACUUGAACGAAAACGAAAAGAAGAAGAAGAGCGACAGAAAAAAUUAGAAGAAGAAAGACGUUUACGUGGUAUUGAAAAGAAAGAAAAAGUAGAAGAAGAAGAAGAAGUUGUACCGGACAUUGUCCCGGAAAUUAAGGAUAUAAAUACAGAAGGUGAUAAAGCUGACAAAACAAUUGAACCUGAAGAAGAAGAUGAAGAAGGAAAAAAAGAAGAAGAUGAUUGGAAACCAUAUAUACCUGAAACACCUAGUGCUGCUUUAUUCGCUGUUUAUACCUCACCGGAUACAUUCUGGCUAUCUAUGGAUGAUUACGAUGCGGGAUAUUUAUAUCAUUGUCAACUUGGAAAUAAAGAUGAUCGUUUUCAAUAUAAUCCUGAACGAUCCGAUAAUGUAGUAAAUACAUUACCAGUACCAAAUACUGAUCUAGCACAUGGUGAUGAUAUACCAUUGACAAGUAUUCUUAUUAAAGAAAAAUUAAAUUUAAUAUUUGUUGGUUUAAAAAAUGGUUUUAUACGUAUUUAUCCAUAUGGUGGUAAACAAGUUUUUCAAUCACUUGAACAAUAUUGGACAAGAAGUGCGCAUGAUAGUGAAUAUGGUGUAGUAACACAUUUAGUUACAUCAUUUGAUGAUCGUUUUGCUUUAUCUGGUGGUGCUGAUGGUAAUAUAUUUGGUUAUGUUAUUAAAGGUGAUCCACAUAUUACAAAAGAACAUUCGGAUUCACCUAAAAUGCCAGCAUUUACUGGUGAAGUUGAAGCACAAGAUAUAACUGAAGCAAGUCAUUAUUCAAUUGAAGAAGAAAAACAAAAAGCUGAAGAAGAUAAAAUGAAAAAAUCAGCUGAAGCAUUAAAAAAUGAAAUGAGACAACAAAUUGAAGGUUUAAAAGGAAAAUUUCGAAAAUUAUUAGGAGUAAAUGAUCAAUUACCUGGAGAUUUAAGAAUUCCUCGUGAAAACUUUAUUCUCGAUGAAAAUAUUCGAAAAAAUUUCCAGAAUGAACUUAAAGAAAAAGCUGAUCAAUCUAUUAAAGAAUUAGCAUGGGAAUCUGAACGUUGUGCUAUUGCAUUAAAAAAAUUAGAACAAUGGUUUACUGAACCUAUUGGACAAGAUGUUGUUUCAUGUAAAAGUUUUGAUGGACAAUGGGAAGUUAGUACAUUUCGUACAAUCGAAUUGCCAAGUGAUUUUUAUGCAAUGCAAGAAGAAAUUGAACGACAAAAAGCUGCAUAUCUUGAAAGAACAAAGAGAAGAGAAACUGCUGAAAAUAGUGAGGAUAAAAGUGAUAGUGUUCGUGGAACGCAAACAGCUGAUUCGAAAAUGUCACAAACAAAAUUAAAAGGUGCGAAAGCAAUGCGUGUUGAACGUUUAUUACGAAAAAUGGAAGAACGUGCCCGACGAAGACAAAAACGAAAAGAAGAAUGGACAGAACUUUAUAGUAAAAAGAAACCAGAUGGUUAUGAUGAUCCAGCUGAAGUUGAUAAUAUUCGUUAUGCUAAAGAACAUAUGGGAAAUUAUUUCUUAAAAACAGCAUCUAAUUACGUAGUACCGAUAGAUCAACGACUCACUGUCCUUCGAGCACUUGAUCGAAUUAUGAAAAUAAGAUAUGCGACAUAUACCUAUAAAAAAGAAUUUAAUAAACGUGUUUUGGAUCUUAUUGAACGUAAACGUGCCUUAACCGAACAAAUCAAUGGUGAAUAUCAACGAUUACAAAAUCUUGGUCAAAAUCAAACAAUCAAUCGAGAAUUAUUCAAUAUUCCUCUAUUACCACUUACUGAUAAUGGACAGACAAAUCGUUUUGAAUUCACUCGUGAGGAAAUUCAAGCAUUUCGUGAAGAGCAUGAACAACGUAAUGGUGAUUUGACUAAACCUGAUGAAGAAGCAUCAGCUACAAACACACGUGUAUCAUCAUUAAAACGUCCACUUGAUCUUCGUUGGUCUGUUAAUUUAAAAGAACCAUUACCAAUAAAUCAAUCAAAUGGAAUACAUAAUAAUUAUACACCAAAUGAAAUUUUACAACAAACGAAAGAUUCCGAUCCAUUUACACAUCGAUUAUUUUUUGAACGUGACCAAAUUCUUCAAAAUGUUCAAGAAACUAUGCGUAUAUUUGAUAAAGAUGUUUGUCUUUUAUAUUAUCUUAAAAUAAUUAAAUCAUUACGUGCUAAAGAAACUGAUCUUCGAUGUAUUACAUUCUAUGAAGAAUUAAUGUUAACGAAAGAAUUUGAACGAACAGAAACUGAUUUAGAAAAUAAAGUUAUUGAAGCAACAAAACGAUUUGAUAAUGAACAAGCAAAAUUAUUUGAAUUUCAAGGCAAAGUUGAUUCAAAAAAGAGAGAUAUAGAUAUUUUAGAUGAUAAAAUGAAACAACUUUAUGCUGGUUUUGAUGAAAUGAUACCAAAAGAACAUAGAUUCUAUAAUUAUCUUUUACGAGUAUUAAAUAAAAAAAUUAAACGAAAGAAACGUGCUGAAGGAGAAGAAGCAGAUGAUUCGGAUGAUGGGUCACAAGAUCUUGAUGAUGAUGAUGAUUGGGAACUUGAAGAUGAUGAAGAUGAAGAUCUUGCUAAUGAAGAUCCAACUCGGCAACUUGAUGUUGAUAUCUGUCCACCAAAUCUUGAUCAAAAAAUGUAUGAUGAAGUUGUUGCUCUACGUGAAAAACGUCUUGAUCUUGAUGAAGCAAUAGCCGAUGAAAAAACCGUUUUACAAUCAUUACAACAAACAUAUGGACAAACACAGAUCUAUUCAAAUAAAGUUGAAGCUGAAUUAAAAGCAAAACAAACUGAUUUAAUUGAAUUUCAAAGAAAGAAACAACAAAAAAUCAAUGAUAUUAAUGUUGCAGUUAGUAUUCGUUCUCAUCAAAUUCGUUAUGAUCGUUCAACUCAUUUACCAGAUGAUCUAUCUGAUUCAUUAAUCUUUAAUAAAAAUAAUAAAUCAGCAUUAACUCAUCGUAUUGUUGAUGUUAAAACUGAAAUUAAACGAGAAAAAGAACGAUAUGUGAAUAAAAAACAAGAGAAAAAAAAUUUAGCACAUGAAUUAAGACAUGCAGUUCAAAUUAUACAACGUUUAACUGAUGAAUGUAAUAAAUUAAUGACGGAAAAAUUUGGAAAACUAGUUGAAUUAGAAAAAAUUGAAGGCGCUAUUGUUAAUUUACAAAUUGAAGAACUUAAACAAAGACUUGAUGAUGCCGGAGACGAAUAUUAUAAUACAAUCGCACAAUACGAGAACCAGAAAAUCGAAGAAAAUGAGGAUACAAUUGAUUUAUUAAAAACAAAUACAAAACGUCUUGAUGAAUUAACACAACUUGUUGAUGAUAAACGUCAUCUUGAUGAACAACUUAUUGGACGCAAAGGAAAAGCUGUCGAUGAACUUUCCGGUCAAUCAAAACAAAAUGUUGAAGAAUUUGAUCGUUUAUGUACUCUUGUUCAAUUACAAGCACAAGAAAUCGAAGCAUUAAAAGCUGAAAUUAGUAUUCUAUCACGUAAAGGUGGACAUAUUCUACCACCAAAUCCAGCUAUACUUCCUCAGAAUGCAUGA